AUGGCAAAUCUCUACCUGGCAUUGUUCAAUCUGAGGGGUGGAGUGAAUUUGAGCGCACCUCUUUUCCGUAAGAUCAAAGGGCUCCCCGACCCCCCAAAUGUGCUGCAUUGGCGGCAAAUCUGA